CUCGAUCCCAUGCUAAUUAUUACCCCCAUCCACCUCUCCUCAAUUAAUUUGAUCUGGUAUUUCCCAUUUCAUUUUAAUUUGUAAACAAGAAAUCUUGAAAUUAUUCUUUAUUGAUUGAUUAGUAGUAAAUAAAUAAACAAUGGGAAACUGUCUGAUAACAAGGGGAUCAUCGUCGUCGUCAAUGGUGUGGGCAGAGGACGAAGACGAGUGGGAAUGGGUGUCAAAAGAAAUGGUAAUUAAUACUACAAAUAAAAACAGCGGCGGCGGCCGGCCACUGUCGUCAUCUUCUUCAUCUUCUGACGGGAAGCUGAAGAUCACGGUAUCAAAGAAGCAGCUGUUGCAGCUGCUGAGAAAAGGGGAUAUUAAUGGUAGUAAUAAGGAUUCCAAUAAUCACAACGCGGCGGCGGCGGAGGAGGAGGAGCUGCAGCUGUUGGCAAGACUGCUGCAGGGGGACGCCGCCGCGGGUGGUGGUGGUGGUGAUCCAGUGGUGACGUGGUGCCAGCAACGAUCAUGGAGGCCCUGUUUGCAAAGCAUUCCGGAGCUCAAUUAAUGGUGAUUAUUAUAGUUAUAAUUAAAUACUGGUUAGAUCGUUGAUUGAAUUAGAACUAAUUGCUGGUAAUUGUAUGUAUUUUUAUCCUUACCGGCAGAUUAUUUUUGUGUGUGUUCUGGUGAAUUUUUCAUACAUUAUUCAUGUUUAAUUAGGCGUUUAUUUGUACUAUUCCUUUGGCUGCACAAAUUCUUCACUUAAUAAACUUAUUUCUUUUUC